CUCUGACUCUACAUCUCUAGCGUUUCGCACCUCACACACUUAGACUGCGAGAGAUCAUGGCCAGCGCUAUGAUGUCUAAUGGACAUGCUCCAGAUCUCUUGGCUUCUCUCGAAAGGCACAAUGAAUCAUUCACCAAACUUUUAUCCCUCAUCCCGUCCAGAUUCUACGCUGCACCUGAGUCUCAGGAGGUCGACAGCAAGUGGAUGAAGAAGAAGAAGCGUCAGACUGGAGAGGAGAUCAAGGAGCAGAAGAAGAAGGCCAGGCAGGACAAAUUUGAUCCAUCGAAGCAGAGUACCGCUGCGGAUCUGGUCAAUUCAUCCUCCCAGGCAGGCCCAUCUUCUAUCCCUCUUCCCAUCUCUUCACCUGCUCUUCCGGCCCCGGUUCGACCGCUACCUCCUACGGCGAGCAUAUCAGAUUUGAGGGCACGUCUUCACUCAAAGAUUGAGGGAUUUCGACGUGAUCGUGGAGUUGACGAUGAUGCCGAUCCUCAAAGUCGGAGCGCGUUGGAAGCGGAGACUAGACGACGGAGAGGUGAGAUGAGGGAUAGGCGGAGGCGGGAGAGAAAGGAAGAGAGGAGGAAAGCAAGGGAGAAGGAAGCAGUCACUGGCAAGUCUGCAAAGCCUCGACUUGUCGUUCCUCAUCCUCGAGACAAUGAUGGAGUAACCUAUCCUACUGUCAAGCUCCCUUCAGCUGCCCAGCACAAAUCCAAUUUUAAGCCUAUCGCCAAUCCAUCUCACGCGCUGGCGCACUUGGAGAAGCACAAGCGCAAAUUGGACAGCAUGACGGAUGAGAAGAGGAGAGAAGUGUUGGAGCGUGAACGAUGGGCCAAAGCAGAGGAAAGAGCAGCUGGAGGCAAGGUCGCAGAUCAAGAGACAGUCUUGAAGAAGGCAGUCAAGAGAAAGGAGAAGGAAAAGUCAAAGAGCGGCAAGGAAUGGAGCGAGAGGAAACGUGACCUCGAGCGGGCACAAGCUGCCUCGAUCAAGAAACGAUCCGACAAUAUAGCUGCUCGCGCUGAUGCGAAGAGGAAUAAAAAGCUAGGUCUCAAGGAUAAGAACAAGGGCGGCAAGAUGAAGAAGAAGGGUCGACCAGGGUUCGAAGGUGGCAGGAACAAAAACAAGCAGAAGGACAAGGCUUGAGCGAGCGAGAGAGGUGAGGGUGACCGACCGAUGCAUGAGUAUUAUACGAGA